CUCUCUUCAUUAAUUAAUUUUUUAUAUAAUAUUUUUAAGUUACUCUUUUAUGUUGUAUGUAUGUUUAUUUCUCUAUCUUUCUAUCUCUACUAUUUGCCCUUCUUCCCUUCCUCUUCUGUUUACAGAUUCCCCACCCAUUCUCUCUCUCUCUCUACAAAUCUAGAAUACAGGUUUUCUAGAGAGAGAUUGACUCAAAUAUUAGACAGAAAAAUAAAUACAUAAUAUAGACAAAGCUGGAAAUGCCGGUGAAGCUGGAGGACUCAGCUCGUUUCCGGCGAGACUAGGAGAGGCAAAGCACAUCAGCAAAAUGCCAGAGCCAGUAUUGUCAUCAUUUGAUGAAGAAAACAAGAAAUCAGAGGAAGAAGGAGAGAGAGAACCAGAUACCAAAUCAGUGGCUGUGGUAUCCCGCAGCCGAUCCCAAGCCACAACCAGAACCACCACCGCCGCCGCGGAGAAGCUUCUUCCGAACGGAGAUCUCUACACGGGAAGUUUCUCGGGAAACGCGCCACACGGAUCGGGAAAGUACCUGUGGACCGACGGGUGUAUGUACGAGGGGGAGUGGAAGAGAGGGAAAGCAUCCGGGAAAGGCAAGUUCUCGUGGGCUUCGGGAGCCACUUUCGAAGGCGAUUUCAAAUCGGGUCGAAUGGACGGGUUCGGCACCUUUAUCGGAUCCGACGCCGAUACGUACCGUGGUUCAUGGGUCGCCGACCGUAAACACGGCCACGGCCAAAAACGCUACACCAACGGCGACUUCUACGACGGCCUCUGGCGGCGCAACCUCCAAGACGGCCACGGAAGGUACGUCUGGAAGAACGGAAACGAGUACGUGGGUGAGUGGCGAAACGGAGUUAUCAAUGGAAGAGGAAUGUUGAUUUGGUCGAAUGGAAAUCGAUACGAUGGAAAUUGGGAAAACGGAGUUCCAAAAGGAAAUGGAGUUUUUACUUGGCCUGAUGGUAGUUGCUACAUCGGAAGCUGGAGCAAAGAGAGCGGUAACACCACUGAUUCCAAGAACCCACAACAACAGAUUCUCAAUGGGACUUUCUAUCCCGGAAACAAUACAUCCAUUGUUGGGAACGAUCAUAAGCGCCAGAGCUUGACUUUCAAUCACAAGAUUGAUGACAACUGCGUAAUGGUGGCUUCCACGGCCACCAAGAAGAGGUCGUCCGCGGAGAGGGCUUUUCCCAGGAUUUGCAUUUGGGAAUCGGAUGGAGAAGCUGGUGACAUCACUUGUGACAUAAUCGAUAAUGUGGAGGCCUCCAUGUUCUAUAGGGAUGGUAAAGGGUGGGGUUGUGAAGAGAUUAAGCAGUUUCGGAGAGGUCCCUGUUGUUUCACUGGUGGUGAGGUGAAGAAACCAGGGCAGACAAUAUCUAAAGGUCAUAAGAAUUAUGAUUUGAUGCUGAAUCUCCAACUGGGUAUUAGGUAUUCAGUAGGGAAACAUGCUUCGAUUCUACGGGACCUUAAACCUAGUGAUUUCGAUCCCAAGGAGAAGUUCUGGACUAGGUUUCCAUCAGAAGGAUCAAAGAUUACACCACCCCAUCAAUCUUGGGAGUUCCGGUGGAAAGAUUAUUGUCCCAUGGUGUUUAGACAUUUGAGGGAGCUAUUUCAAGUUGAUCCUGCGGAUUACAUGCUAGCUAUUUGCGGGAAUGACGCUCUGAGGGAGCUUUCAUCUCCGGGGAAGAGUGGAAGCUUCUUUUACUUGACUCAGGACGACAGGUUUAUGAUAAAAACAGUGAAGAAAUCAGAAGUCAAGGUUCUUAUUAAGAUGCUACCAAGUUACUACCAGCAUGUCUGUCGUUACGAAAAUUCACUAGUGACAAAAUUCUUUGGUGUACAUUGCGUUAAGCCAGUGGGUGGCUUGAAGACCCGAUUCAUCGUAAUAGGCAACUUGUUCUGCUCAGAGUAUCGAAUCCACAGACGAUUUGACCUGAAAGGAUCAUCCCAUGGCCGGACAACCGACAAACCUGAAGGGGAGAUUGAUGAAACCACUACCCUUAAGGACCUUGAUCUGAACUUUGUGUUUCGCAUCCAAGGAAACUGGUUUCAGGAACUCAUAAAACAAAUUGAUAGGGACUGUCAGUUCUUGGAAGCAGAGAGAAUCAUGGAUUAUAGUCUCUUAGUUGGUCUUCACUUCCGUGAUGACAACACUGGCGAUAAAAUGGGUCUUUCACCAUUCAUGUUGCGAACUGGGAAGAAAGAUUCAUUUCAAAAUGAAAAGUUUAUGCGUGGCUGCCGAUUCCUUGAAGCAGAGCUACAAGACAUGGAUAGGGUUCUCGCUGGACGGAAACCAUUGAUCAGGUUGGGGGCCAACAUGCCUGCAAGGGCAGAGCGGGUGGCUCGAAGGAGCGACUUCGAUCAGUAUAGUCCAGGCGGAUUUGGUAAUUUGACCCCUUCAUGCAACGGUGAAAUCUAUGAAGUUGUCCUUUACUUUGGGAUCAUUGACAUUUUGCAAGACUAUGACAUUAGCAAGAAGCUAGAGCACGCAUACAAAUCCUUACAAGCUGACCCUACCUCAAUCUCUGCAGUUGAUCCGAAGCUGUACUCAAAGAGGUUUCGGGAUUUUGUAGGGAGAAUCUUUGUAGAAGACAGAUAGCAGCAGAUAAGAGAGAAAAGUGAAGAGAUUCAAGAUUGUCUUGAUUGCGAGAUUCACCAAAGGAAACUCAAGUCCCAAUUUUUUGGAGCAAGAUGAUGCUUGGAAAUCUGGCGCUAUUGCCCCCGACUGAACAGUAGUUCUGGUGGGGUCAGAUACAGAUUGGGGACAUUGCAAAUAAGUGGCGGUGGGUCCGAGAUCAGAUCGGAUCGGAGGUGUUGGGUUGUGGGUGUUCUCGUGGCUGAAUUUUGUGGAAUCAGCCAUGGUAAGUUCAUUUGUACAUUCAGGGGGGAGAGGGAAAAUUGGAUUACGAUUUCUUUUUGUUGUAUUUUGUUUUUUUGUUUUCUUUGUUUUUAAAAUUUUUGUGGUAACCAAACAAUGAUGGUUAAGAUUUGAAAGAUAGGUAUAGGGAACAGAGCAAAAUGUUUCUCAGAGAGAAGAUUCAAAAUGGGAGGAGGAUUGGAAUAAAAAGUGAAAGUGUACAGCUUAUAGAAGAAAGAGAUGGAUAUGUCAUUCAAUCCUGAUUUUUUUGGGGGGAUAUUUUCAUUUUUUUUUUAAAUUUUUAUUCACGAA